AUGCUCGACGGACACGCAAGCCGCUGCAACAGGCCUACUACAUUCUUUGUGCCCGCCAACAACACCCUACUUGACAAGUAUCUGGAGCGCGAUGUUGCUUCCCCAGUCCUGCACACACCCUCUGGCCUCGUCGUUCGAUUGCAGCUGAACCGCAGCGCAUACGACGGCAAGGACGCGCUCACCGCUGCGCUCUUCAUCUUUGUACCCAAAACUGGCGACGACGACGCGCCAACUGCUACGACAAAGGCGCCCAUUCACUCGCGCAUUAUGCAGGCGACCAAGAUCAUCCGGGCCCAUUCAAAAGACCGAUGA